AAUAGUUAUGUCGUUUUUGGGUAAUUUGACCGAUUUUGACCAUAAGACCUGUGAGUGGCGGUUAUUUAAAGGACGAUUGACACAAUUUAUUAAAAUAAAUAAUGUGAAGGAUGAAAAUAGAAGUGGAAUUCUUAUAACUCAUCUCACAGAUGAGUCAUACCGUUUGUUGCGGAAUCUUGCUUAUCCUACGGAAUUGGAUGGGCUUACUUAUGACCAGCUGAUUAAAUACCUGGACGACCAUUUUAAACAAAAGAAGUGCACAUAUGCAGAUAAGGCACGUUUUUAUGGAGCGACAAGGAACGUAGGCGAAACUUUAGGAGAUUGGGCGGCACGAUUGAGAGGUCUAGCUAGCUACUGUGAGUUCGGGACCGCCUUAGAAACGAUUCUAGCAGAUCGUUUUGUCCUAGGCCUGGGUUCAGGCUCUGAACGGGACAAAUUAUUCGAGCAAGAUGCGUCGUCAAUUAAAAUUGGAGAGGCCUUGGAAAUAGCGGAGAAAGCAGAAUCUGCUAAGGAAGCAAAGGCUGUUAUGGCCGGUACCAGCACCGUCAAGGAGGAACCCCUGUUUCGAGCGAGCAGCGAGGGGCGGUACGCGGCAGGCGGCAGCGGCGGAGCGCGGCGCGGCGGCGGAGCGCGGGCUCCGGCGGCGGGCCGCGACAAUCAGCGAGCGGCUUCCCGGUGCUCCGUAUGCGGCAUGAAGAGUCACGAGGGUGACCGGUGUCGUUACAAGACCUAUCGUUGUCAAAAUCAGGAUAGCCGGCGAUUAUUCAGUCACAUUAAAUAAAGAUUUAAUAAUCGACAAAUAUCCAUUACCCCGAAUUGAGGAGGUAUUUGCCAAGAUAGGAGGGGGGGAAUGUUACAGUAAAAUCGAUUUAAAAAAUGCGUAUAAUCAAUUUUUGCUAUGUGACUCGUCGCAAGAACUUACAACCAUAAAUACGUCUAAGGGUCUUUUUAAAUACACUCGAUUAGUUUAUGGCUUAGCACCUGCACCAGCUAUUUUCCAGAAAUCAAUGGAAACACUUCUUUCUGGAAUCGAAGGUAUAAGUUGUUGGCUUGACGAUAUAUGCAUAACCGGUCCUAAUAAAACAA